UAGCUCCUAUGGGCGGACGCUCAUGCGUUUCCACACAAACCACCGCCUCUCUCUCUCCCAAAGCUGUGGGACAGAUUUAUGUUGCUGCUUCGUUUCUGUGGACUAUGAAAUAAAAUUUCUUGCCUACGCUAGAGCGAAACAAGACGCAAAAGAAAUGGAAACUCAAGUUUUCCGAAGAUGACUGAUGGUUUGGUCACCGAAUAAGUUAUUUUUGUCGCAAGAGAGGGAAACUUUAAACAAGGCUGUUUUUGGAAUCCACCUCCCCUCUCUCCGUAGAGUUUGAUUCAAAGUCGAAAGCCAAGAUGGCCGCCGAUUCCGUGCAGGGGGACGCCCGGGGCCAGCUGGUGUCAGAGCGGCUGGGCCUGGGACACAACCUGGAUCUCUCGGACACCAUGGUGCAACACAAGCUGGAUGAGAUCAAGGAGCAGAUCCGCCGUGAGAUCCGCAAGGAGCUGAAGAUCAAGGAGGGUGCAGAGAACCUGCGGAAGGUCACCACGGACAAGAAGAGCCUGGCCUACGUGGACAACAUGUUGAAGCAGUCCAACAAGAAGGUGGAGGAGCUCCACCAGGAGCUCCAGGAGCUGAACGCCCACAUCGUGGUUAAAGACCCCGACGAACUGCUAGAGUGCCCUUUGACCCCGGACACGCCAGCCAGCGAGGUGCGGAUGUGCACCAGCAGCAGCCGCCUGGCCGCCCUGAAGAAGCAGAAUGACAUCGAGCUGAAGGUCAAACAGGGGGCGGAGAACAUGAUUCAGAUGUACUCUAACGGCUCCUCCAAGGACCGGAAAUUACUAGCAACUGCUCAACAGAUGCUCCAGGACAGCAAGAUGAAGAUCGAGUUCAUCAGGAUGCAGAUCCUCAAAGGCAGCCAGGCCAGCGAGUUGAGCUUCGACAACAAUGACGUCAUGGCCAAGCCCAUCAUCAGCCCGUUGGAUCUGCGGGUGGAGGAGUUGUGUCACCACGCCAGGAUAGAGUCCGCCGUGGCCGAGGGUGCCAAAAACGUCAUGAAGCUCCUGGGCUCCGGCAAGGUCACCGAGAAGAGGGCCCACUCCGAGGCCCAGGCCCGGUUCAACGAGUCCAGUCAGAAGCUGGACCUGCUCCGGUACUCCCUGGAGCAGAGGCUGAGCGAGCUGCCCAAGAACCACCCCCGCAGCAGUAGCAUAGUGGAGGAACUGUCCUUCAUGGCCACCCCGUCCCUCAGCCCGCGCUCCAGCAUCAUCUCCACCCAGAACCAGUACAGCACAGUGGCCAAACCCGCCGCACUCACAGGGACGUUGGACGUCAGGCUCAUGGGCUGCCAGGACCUGCUGGAAAACGUUCCCGGUCGGUCAAAAGCCGGUUCGGUGCCACUGCCCGGCUGGAGCCCCAGCGAGACGCGCUCGUCCUUCAUGAGCCGAGGGAACCGUAGCCGCGGAGCAAGCGCGCGAAACCUGUCCAAGAGUGAAGACCUUUCUAAUGAGAUCAGUGCUGUGUUGAAGCUGGACAACACUGUGGUGGGACAGACCAGCUGGAGGCCCGUCAGUAACCAGUCCUGGGACCAGAAGUUUACACUGGAGCUGGACCGGUCUCGUGAGCUGGAGAUCUCGGUGUACUGGAGAGACUGGCGCUCGCUGUGUGCUGUGAAGUUCCUGCGUCUGGAGGACUUCCUGGACAACCAGCGACAUGGCAUGUGUCUCUACCUGGAGCCGCAGGGCACCCUGUUUGCAGAGGUCACGUUUUUCAACCCUGUCAUCGAGCGGCGACCCAAGCUGCAGAGACAAAAAAAGAUCUUCUCAAAACAGCAAGGGAAGACGUUCCUGCGGGCUCCUCAGAUGAACAUCAACAUCGCCACAUGGGGCCGCCUGGUCAGAAGGGCCAUACCUACAGUCAGCACUAACUCCUACAGCCCUCAGGUGCCUGAGACCGGGCCCAGCAGUCUGCCGGGAACUCCCACACCCGCCAGUGAUGUCAGUGACCCGCUGGUGACCAAGCUGGACUUUGACAAAGAGCCCACCCCGGGACCCAAGCACUACCCGGUACCCGCUUGCAUCCGAGAACCCCUUGUACAGGACAAAAAGCUGCCUGACAAAGAGGAAGUACAGGACGCCCUUGCAUCGUUCGACUUCCUGAACAAAAGGAACAGCAUUGUGGUGAAUUCGUCUGACCUGGACAGACUAGAUGUAGUAGUGGAACAGGAGAUCCAGCGUCCAGGUCUGGAGCUCACCGCCAUCCAGACAGACGGCGAGAUAAGAGAAGAAGAACAAUUUCAGUUUAGUAUCCAAGACUUUAAAUGUGUUGCAGUCCUUGGUCGUGGUCAUUUCGGAAAGGUCUUGUUAGCAGAGUAUAGAAGCACAGGAGAGAUGUUUGCCAUCAAAGCUCUGAAGAAAGGAGACAUUGUGGCUCGUGAUGAGGUAGACAGUCUGAUGUGUGAGAAGCGUAUUUUUGAGACGGUGAACAGCGUUCGCCACCCGUUCCUGGUCAACUUGUUCGCCUGUUUCCAGACCCAGGAGCAUGUGUGCUUUGUCAUGGAGUAUGCCGCUGGAGGCGACCUGAUGAUGCACAUCCACGCGGACGUCUUCUCAGAGCCCAGGGCCAUAUUUUAUGCAGCUUGUGUCGUAUUGGGAUUACAGUUUCUACAUGAAAAUAAGAUCGUGUACAGAGAUCUAAAGCUUGACAAUCUUCUCUUGGACACUGAGGGCUAUGUAAAAAUAGCUGACUUUGGCCUUUGCAAAGAGGGAAUGGGGUUCAGAGAUCGCACCAGCACAUUCUGUGGCACGCCUGAGUUCCUGGCUCCUGAGGUUCUGACAGAGACUUCAUACACGCGAGCCGUGGACUGGUGGGGUUUGGGUGUCCUCAUCUUCGAGAUGCUGGUUGGAGAGUCUCCCUUUCCUGGGGAUGAUGAAGAGGAGGUGUUUGACAGCAUCGUCAACGAUGAGGUCCGCUACCCAAGGUUCCUCUCAACGGAGGCCAUCUCCAUCAUGAGAAGGCUUUUGAGGAGGAGUCCUGAAAGACGGCUAGGGGCAGGAGAACGAGAUGCUGAAGAAGUAAAGAGACAUCUGUUCUUUAGAAAUAUGGAUUGGAAUGGACUACUGGCCAAGAAAGUGAAGCCUCCGUUCGUGCCAACUAUACAGGACUCCAACGAUGUCAGCAAUUUCGACGAUGAAUUUACCUCAGAAGCACCGAUCCUGACUCCGCCCAGGGAACCCAGGGCGCUCAGCGGAGAGGAACAGGACAUGUUUUCUGACUUCGACUACAUUGCAGACUGGUGUUAGCCCCCCCCCCCCCCCCAACACAUUAAACAAACACACAUACACACUGUGAACCAACCAACAAAGCGCUCACUGACUGUAACUCACUUUUUAAAAACCUCUAUUUUCCAAACAAACGUUGAGAUUGAGAGGAAAACAUUGCUCUUCCUGCAUUCAGGCUCACUCUGUGCCAUUAAAAGAACCCCUCCCCUGACUCCAAAACUGUAACCAUUGGUUUUUUUUUUUAACAAAAUGAAGAACUUUUUUAACAGAGAGAAAUUACAUUUUGCUUUUCUUGUGAGAGAGGAAGGAGGCCUCCCCGCUGCAUGUCGUGUCUAUCGUCUGACCACUGAGAAUGUUUUCAUAUGAACUCUGUCAAAGAAAACGCCGGCAACAUCACAUUCAUGUUAUCCAUUGUCACUGUCUGUUUUUUUUAUUUUUAUUAUGUACAGAAUAUUAUUACUCCUUAUUUUCAACAAGUCAUUGCAAAAGCCCACUGCGAUAGAUGACAUAUUUCUCUGUAAGGUUUGACAUGUCUGCCAUGUUGUAUUAUAAGUGCUUUGAGCAUUUUUCAAUGAACCGUCACAUUAGGUUAAAGACGACAAACAUCUGACUACUACUGCCUUUUGACUUGAAGUCCAAGUAAGGUCUCCUCUUUAGCUGAUCCUGGUCGUACUCCCACCAGUUUUAAUAUAAUCCUGUUGUCUUCUUUCUGAUACCAAAUCUAAGUGCUGUGUCUGAAUCAAAGAAUAGAACCCAGCAAAAAAAAUGUAAGUUGAUUGUGUUCAUAGACAAACCAUUGCAUCUAGAUUUAGGUGUGGUAUCUAGAAUUAGGUCCAUAUGCUUGCUGCCGUUUUCUAAUUCGGCUGUGGGUGUGAUGCUGUUUUCUGAUUAGAAAACAUGUCUGUCAAAUAGUCAACAGCAUGUAUACUUAUGUCGAAGAUACAGACGCAACAGUUUCAAGUCACAACUUGCAUAUAGCUACGAUCAACUGACCAGUUUUGCAGAGCCGUUAUUCAACCCUGAUGUACUAGUGUAAAGUUUUUUUUUGUUUUGUCAUUGAUUCAUGUGUUUUGGAAACCGUGGCAUACCAAACAUCAACGCAACAAAGCUGGUUGUGCCUUUGGUCCUGGCACCAUUAAGCAGUGGUCAUAUCCCUCUAGCCUCUCAAGGGUAGGUCCACUGAUUCAGGAUCAGUGGCGAGUUACAGACCGCUAGCAAUGAGCUGCUGUGGAGCGAAGUAACUUUUUUUUUUACAAUUCCAUUCCAAUUCAAUCGAUGCAGAGAAUUCAUUUCAAUUACAUUUGUACUCCCGGAGUUGGUCCCAACCUUUGAUACCUCAGUCAUUCUUAUAAAAGAAGAGCUAGAAAGACCUCACAGCCUGCAGAAACUGGGAGUUGGGCUUGGUCAAAAUGGUGGAUCUGAAGGGGCUGAUAGCACUACGGCUAACUACCAAAACCCAUCCAUUCUGUCCUGUCAGUGGGAUGAUGUGUCUUGAUUCACAUCAGCUCUUUUUCAGAGCUGGUCUGUCGGGUCAAAAGACAAAUUAGUGUUGGGGGGGGGGGGGGCAGACUUGGGCUACCUGUGUAAAUGAAGCCGUUUGGUUGUGAACUUAGCUCAGUGCCAGUUUGUGCAGACAUGUAAAUUAAUCACUACAAGGGGGGGCGGGCAUGGGUAUAUUAUAUGUACACACAAUUAAGCUGAAAGCACUAAUUUUAUCAAUAGGUAUUUUUUAAUUAUCUAUGUGUAUCGGAUUUAUGAAAAUAGAUUGUACAGUUUUUUUUUUUCUUCCAGUGCUUAAAUGGCUGCUUAAGCAUAUCGCAGACAGAUAAAAGCUUUUUUUUUUUUUUUAAAUGGUACCCCACAUUGAAGUUACAGAAGACUGUUGACCCUGAUGUAAAGAAGCAUUUUGCAGUCGUCGUUUGUCGCCUAUCUUGAAUGCACAAAUUAAACAUUUUUAAUAGA